AUAUAUAUAUAUAUAUAUAUAUAUAUAAUCCAACAAAUUCGCCAUCACAUAUGCUUCUCAAAGUUUGUAGAUUUGAGUCGAGGAGAAUCCUAAACUCCAGUAAGUAUCAUUCGAACUACUUUUUUUUCAUGUAAUUCUGUGUAGUUAUUGGUAUUUGGUAGUGUUUCUGGGUCACUAAUGGCGACAGAGGUUGAAGAUGGUCGCAAUAAGCUUGAGUACCUCUCUCUGGUCUCCAAAAUCUGCGAUGAACUCGAGACCCAUCUUGGGUUGAAAGAAGACGAUAAGCAAAACAAGGCAGUAGCUGAUUUUAUUAUUGAAUUGGGCCGGAAUUCUGAGACGGUGGAGGAAUUCGACUCUAAUUGGAAGGAGAAUGGCUGUGACGAGAUGCCCGAUUACUUCGUCCGUACUCUUUUGACGAUCAUUCACGCGUUUUUCCCAUCAAAGUCGGAGCAGAAAUUGAAGAAGGGAAGCGCUUCCGAUGCUAAGAAAACAAAGUACGGCGCUUUAGCGAUUGCGGAUAGUAAGGACAGAAUAAAGGAUCUUGAAACCGAGAUCGAAUUGGAGAGAAGGGAGGAAAAGGUCCUAGAAGUGGGCGCAGAUAGGCGUGGAGACAGGGAUAGAAUCAGUAGCUAUAGGGAUAGCGAUAUUGAUAGACACAGAGAUAGAUAUGAUAGAAAGAGGAGCAGUGAAGGAGAUUACAAAGAGGAUGAUUUUGGGGAUAGUGGAAGGCACAGGGAUCAACAUGACAGGCAUAGAAGAGAUGGUUUCGAAGUGAAGCGGCAUGUUAGAGAGGAUGCUGAGGAGUAUGGGAGUCGAAGGAACAGGAAACAUGGUGGUAUAGAUGAGCCUGAACUGUACCAAGUGUAUAAAGGGAGGAUAUCAAGAGUGAUGGACACUGGUUGUUUUGUGCAAUUGAAUGAUUUUAGAGGGAAGGAAGGUUUGGUUCAUGUUUCUCAGAUUGCAACUAGGAGGAUUUCAAAUGCCAAGGAUAUUGUGCAGCGGAAUCAGGAGGUUUAUGUGAAGCUGAUUUCAGUUUCAGGGCAGAAGUUGAGUUUUUCGAUGAGGGAUGUUGAUCAGGAUACUGGUCAGGAUUUACUUCCUUUGAAGAAGAGCUCUGAGGAUGAUGCAUUUAGGAGCAACCCAUCAGGGUCCAAGGAUGGCCCAAUUGCAAGGACUGGACUUUCAGGGAUUAGGAUAGUGGAGGAGGGGGAUAGUGAUACUGUUCCAUCACGCAGGCCGCUGAAGAGAAUGAGUUCGCCGGAGCAAUGGGAGGCCAAACAGUUGAUUGCUUCAGGCGUUUUGAGUGUUCAAGAAUUUUGUGGUGAAGAAGGGGAUGAAGUAUUGUAUCAGGAAGAGGGCACUGAAGAAGUACUUGAUGUUGAGCUGAAUGAGGAUGAACCAGCGUUUUUGCAAGGGCAGACCAGGUACUCGGUUGAUAUGUCACCCGUGAAGAUAUUUAAGAAUCCGGAAGGUUCGUUGAGCCGUGCUGCAGCACUACAAUCUGCACUAAUAAAAGAAAGGAGAGAAGUUCGUGACCAACAGCAAAGGAUGAUGCUUGAUUCAAUACCUAAGGAUCUUAACCGUCCAUGGGAAGACCCAAUGCCAGAGACUGGUGAGAGACAUCUUGCACAAGAGCUUAGGGGUGUUGGCUUGUCAGCUUAUGACAUGCCCGAAUGGAAGAAGGACGCUUUUGGAAAAGCAGUGACCUUUGGGCAGAGGUCAAAACUCUCCCUCCAGGAACAAAGGCAGAGCUUGCCAAUUUACAAGUUAAAGAAAGAGUUGAUUCAGGCCAUGCAUGACAAUCAAGUUCUCGUAGUCAUUGGUGAGACGGGUUCAGGUAAGACUACACAGGUAACACAAUAUCUUGCUGAGGCAGGUUACACUACAAGGGGUAAGAUUGGGUGUACUCAACCCCGUAGGGUGGCUGCUAUGUCUGUUGCUAAGAGGGUCGCUGAAGAAUUUGGUUGUCGUCUUGGGGAGGAAGUUGGGUAUGCUAUUCGUUUUGAGGAUUGCACUGGACCAGAUACUGUAAUCAAGUACAUGACAGCUGGUAUGCUUGUUAGAGAGAUUCUGAUUGAUGAAGAUCUCUCGCAGUAUUCUGUCAUAAUGCUUGAUGAAGCUCAUGAAAGGACAAUCCACACUGAUGUUCUCUUUGGAUUGCUGAAGAAACUUAUUAAGAAGAGACCUGAUCUUCGAUUGAUCGUCACAUCUGCUACAUUAGAUGCAGAGAAAUUUUCAGGGUAUUUCUUCAACUGUAAUAUCUUUACAAUUCCGGGGAGAACGUUUCCAGUGGAGAUACUGUACGCAAAACAGCCAGAAAGUGAUUAUCUGGAUGCAUCUUUGAUCACUGUACUGCAGAUCCACUUAACAGAACCUGAAGGUGACAUACUUCUCUUUUUGACUGGCCAGGAGGAGAUUGAUUUUGCAUGCCAAUCUCUUUACGAGAGGAUGAAAGGGCUCGGUAAAAAUGUUCCUGAAUUAAUUAUUUUACCCGUUUAUAGUGCCCUUCCUAGUGAAAUGCAAUCGAGGAUAUUUGAACCUGUCCCCCCAGGGAAGAGAAAAGUGGUGGUGGCAACCAAUAUUGCUGAGGCUUCUCUGACUAUCGAUGGUAUAUUUUACGUGAUUGAUCCUGGAUUUGCGAAACAAAACGUAUACAAUUCAAAGCAAGGGCUUGAUUCACUGGUCAUAACCCCUAUUUCACAGGCAUCGGCCAAACAACGAGCAGGUCGUGCUGGGCGUACUGGACCUGGAAAAUGUUAUCGUCUCUACACUGAGAGCGCUUAUCGUAAUGAGAUGUCUCCUACCUCAAUCCCAGAAAUUCAAAGGAUAAAUUUAGGAACAAUAACACUCGCAAUGAAAGCCAUGGGAAUAAAUGAUCUCCUGUCUUUUGAUUUUAUGGAUCCUCCUUCACCCCAAGCUCUCAUUUCUGCAUUGGAACAGCUGUAUACUCUAGGAGCUCUGGAUGAGGAGGGGCUUCUGACUAAAUUGGGUAGAAAAAUGGCAGAAUUUCCUCUUGAACCGCCACUAUCUAAGAUGUUACUGGCCGGCGUUGACCUUGGGUGUAGUGAUGAGAUCUUGACAAUAAUUUCCAUGAUUCAAACUGGGAACAUCUUCUACAGGCCUAGAGAAAAACAAGCACAAGCUGAUCAGAAGAAGGCAAAGUUUUUCCAACCUGAGGGAGACCAUUUGACUUUACUUGCUGUAUAUGAGGCUUGGAAAGCAAAAAAUUUCUCAGGGCCUUGGUGUUUUGAGAACUUUGUUCAGGCUCGUUCUUUGAGGAGGGCGCAGGAUGUUCGAAAACAGCUUCUCGCCAUCAUGGAUAAGUAUAAGUUGGACAUAGUGAGUUCUGGAAAGAACGUAACGAAGAUAAGGAAAGCAAUCACUGCCGGGUUCUUUUUCCAUGCGGCGAGGAAGGAUCCACAAGAGGGUUACAAGACCUUAGUUGAGAACCAGCCUGUUUACAUCCAUCCAAGCAGUGCAGUAUUCCAGAGGCAGCCAGACUGGGUCAUCUACCAUGAGCUAGUAAUGACCACAAAAGAAUACAUGCGUGAAGCAACUGUGAUUGAUCCAAAGUGGCUUGUGGAACUGGCACCAAGGUAUUUUAAAUCAACUGAUCCCACAAAAAUGAGCAAGCGCAAGCGUCAAGAACGCAUUGAACCACUCUAUGAUAGAUAUCAUGAGCCAAAUUCUUGGCGUCUUAGUAAAAGGCGUGCAUAGAGUUCCUAUGAUGUCAAUGGAUCUUGGAUCUUUGUAUAGUUUUGUGUAACUUUGUAUUUAGUAUUACUUAUGACUCUAUGUUUACCACUUUUGUAACUUACCUAUGUUGGUUGAUAAUGCAAAAUAAAGUUAUGCUCAUUUGGCGA